ACGGAGAAGAACAGAAAGAACAACGUAAAAUAAAACACAAACAAAAAUAAACAAGAAAAAACAAAAGAUAAAGAAGUCAGUGCAGUGUAGAGCAGACAGCCGUAAGGAGCAGUGGAGAACUUGUGUUUGCGUUCCGAGCAGCUGAUGAAGCUGGCGGAUCAUGUAGACCCAACGUUCGGCUCUGCGCAGGCCACAAUAAUUUGAGCCAUGGGCCUGCAGGAGGUGGCAAUUUGGUACCAGAGAAAAAUUGGAACCUAUGACAAGCAGCCAUGGGAGCGCACUGUGGAACAACGAAUCUUGCAUGGCCUCACCCACGUACCGAGGAAGACUGCCAAGCUCACGCCUCAGCUCAUUGAUGUGGAUCUAGUCAGAGGUUCUUCCUUUCCAAAAGCCAAGCCCAAGCAUGGCCUCAUCACAGUGGCUCGCCUUGGUGUCCUACGACUUGUACUCAUGCCUUUAUAUUGGAGGUGGUGGGUGCAACAAACAUCUCAACGAGCAUUCAUCUAUUUGUUGGUUCUUUAUUUAAUGCAAGCUUUCAAUGUUGGAUUGUAUUUUCACUAUAUAAUAGCUCAUGAAGAUGAAGCAACUGAUAAUCUAUCAGCUUGUGAAGUACUUGUCCCCACAUUUAUGAUGAUUAUACUAUCAAUUCUUCAUUCACAAAUUGUUUGCACUCACAAUGGUCAACCACCAGAGUUGCAUGAAAGAUCAAGAAGGCGUAUUAGACGCACAAAGCGCAGAAUAUUAGUGCCAAACAGGAUCCGCCCACUAAAUUCGGACGGAAAAUCUGCCCCAGCUGAAGGAGAGAAAAAUCCUACUACAAACGAAACAAGUGAAAAGUUUAAUAAAAGAGUUAGUUUGAGGAGGAAAACUGAAGAAACCAGCAAUCGUCGUAAGCCAUCCGAACCAGAAGAAAAGUUUAUGGAGCCUCAAAGAACACGAGUAUGCUUCAAAGAACCUGCAGAUGAUGGCAAUGGUGGAGAGCAACUGCCAGGAAAUAAUCAAGGAGGCCGUGAAGGCACACCUUUGGAUGACGAUGGAUUUGAGAGCUUGAAUGGAAACGGAUCCAGUGAAAAUGGCGAUGAAGCAGUUGAUGAUGAGAUUGAAUCACCCAACACACCUGAUAUUAGCAAACAUUUGAACAAAUAUUCCGAUGUCUGUUUGAAGUGCCCCGAUAAGGGCACACUCAAUACAGAUAAAACACAAGAUGAAAAUAUUAUUGAGAAUAAUUUUAAUAAAUCGUGCUGUGAAAUCAUAAUUAGUGAUGAAAACGUACCUAAUAUUGACUUGUUAGAACCAUUUAGUGACAAGCAAUCUAACUUAAGAUUAAAUGAUGUGAAUAAAGAAGAUAAGAGCUCAGAGAAGUCCUCGUGUAGUUCUGUAGACACAGGCAAUAAUGAUGCUACAAGAUCUAGUUUGGAAUGGACAAAGGGCAAUGUAGGUAAAGAUUCUACAAGGGAUGCGGAUGGAAGGUGGUCCUCUGAAGAAGUUGACAAUAUUAUGAACAGAACUCAUGUGGUGCAGAGAAGGCAGUCUGCUCCACUUCCACGGACUUCUCAUAGUAGUCAUGAUACUGAUAGUGACGGCAUUUCUGCAACAACCAAGAGUGCCACUCUUUUGAAGAGGAGACGUGGAUCACAAAAUUUGCUAUUGAAGUGUCCUAAAGUCACAGCAGAAGAGAGCAGUUAUAAUAGUAGCUGUUGUGAUGAAAGUGAGGACGGAGCUGAUGAAAGAUUGUCCUCACCUGGGACUGGUGGAUCUGGUUGUGACAAUCAGAAUCUAACUGAGGGUGGCACUACUUCAGCUACUGACUACAUGGGUGUGACCACAAACUCUGAAGAAUGUAGCUACAGUUCUGAUAUGGAUGAGUCGGACUCACAUACUGCACCGAUGGAAUUGAAUGACCACCCAUUUGCAUGGGAAUUUGAGCAGUCGCCAACUGUGAUACUGAGUCCAAGCUGUGCUGCCUCAGACAAAGUAAGCUGCACAAUGUGGGAAAGCAGGGAUGUAAAGAAAGCGGAUUUGUCAGUUCUCGACAUCAGCUCUGCUAUUAUUGCUCGAGUUGAAGCGAAGCCAGAAAACAUGGAGUACUUUUAUUUGGGGAUGGUGUUGGCACUAUUCUUAUCUCUAGUUCCUCCAUUCUGUCGGCUUUUGAUAUCAUCCGCAGUGGAUGCAUCAGUUCCCUCAGUACAUACAGACAUUAGCAAUAGCUCUUUGCCUUUGUCAUCCUGGAAGAUGAGCAACAUCUUGGAACACAUAUCAGAGUGGUCUGUAAUUUUGAUAAAUGGUGCAUUUGGAACCUCUGGGUGUGAACGUACCAUUAUGAUAAUAGCUCUUUUAGAAAGAUUUGCUAUGGCGGAGCUAUUCUUUUUUCUUUUAGCAGUUGCUGAAAGAUCUUUCAAGCAACGCUUUUUAUAUGCCAAGUUAUUUUCACAUUUAACAUCCUUUAGGCGUGCUCGUAAAUCUGAGCUUCCUCAUUUCCGCCUUAAUAAAGUACGGAAUAUUAAAACUUGGCUCUCUGUUCGCUCAUAUCUCAGGAAACGUGGACCUCAGCGAUCUGUUGAUAUGCUUGUGUCAGCAGCGUUCAUAAUUACAUUACUUCUGCUUACCUUCCUCAUUGUGGAGCUUCUUAAGGUCAGUUGGAGUGAUCUAGGCAGUACAAGUGCACAUUGUGAUUCCCAGGCAGUCAUGCAGUCUAAUAAUUCUUCAUCGAAGCAAUCAAGCUCUUGUAGAAAGCGCGCCCUCGAUUCAGUGCGUCUCAAUUCCCAAUAUAAUAUGGAAGCCCUAUGUUGGUGCCUUGCACUUGGAUUGUUCCUUUUACGGUUCAUGACAUUAGGAACAGAUAUAAACCGAAAAUAUUGCAAUUUGUCUGUUCUUAUCACUGAGCAGAUUAAUUUGUACCUUCAAAUUGAGCAAAAGCCAAACAAAAAGGAGGAACUUAUGGUUGCCAACAGUGUGCUUAAACUGGCUGCGGACCUCCUGAAGGAGUUGGAGAGUCCAUUCAAGAUCUCAGGGUUGUCUGCCAAUCCAUAUUUAUACAACAUCACCAAUGUCGUCAUACUAUCGGCCCUGUCUGGGGUUCUCUCAGAAAUAUUGGGAUUCAAGCUGAAGCUGCACAAAAUCAAGAUUAAGUGAAAUAUGAAUGUGAUGAUAUAGGAAUGUUUUGAUAAAGUGAGAGUUUUUUUUUUUCUUUUUUUCUAAUUCUUUAAUUUUUAAUCAAUAAAUUGUAUUUAAUGUCUGAUCUUCUGACUGUAUGUUAAGUAGAAGUUGGUUGUGAUUCUUGUUGAUUGAGAGGUGGUGCAAUAAUUGCCUCCAUAAAACCUUGGUGCUCGGUGGCUAUGUGAUUUAGAUAGUGAUUGUGGAGACUAUUGUGAAGCUUCCUUAAUCUUGACCCUUAAUUAAGUGAACUACCUAAUACAGUGAAAGAAUUGGACGGUUUGGGACAUUUUAAACUAUUGUUUUCUAUAUUUUGACCGUUAUUUUCAAUGUUACUGUUUCCUCUCUGUUGAGUGGUUCUAUAAUGCUCUGUAUGUAAUUAAGUCCACAAAAACCAUUUGAAGCUUUUCUUGCAGUUACUAGACUGUGGUAUGUGUGUUUGUCUAAGGUACAAAUUAUGGAACAAGCAGAUGUGCUGCAGCUCCCAGCACGCCAACUCCCUAAGGAGCUUCUUAUCAUGUUGGCGUUAGCACUCUAGAGAGUAACUUUCCAGGAGCUUUCUAGCACUGUAGAGCCUAAACUUGACUUUUAUUGACUACUGUGUAGUUUGUGUUGUUAAAAAAGCAGUUUCUCUUUGUUUUCUUGUUUUCUUUUUUUAGAGUGAUCAUUUUUUAAGUUUGUUCAUUGUGGAAUAUUGAAGAUUGGUAAACCUAAUUCUUGUAAAAUAUUGGUAUUUUCUUUUCCAGCUUUAAAUUCUAACAUUGUUGUAUAAAUAGAAGAUUUUCUUUUUGUUAAUGUAGCAUGUUUAAACAUUUUAUGUCAUUAUGUUUCUUAAAUUUGAUGUUAAUCAUUUUACAUUAUGCGCAGGACUGCUGUCUGAUGUUGAUGUAUGUGAAUGUUUGUAAUUUAUAUGAAAGGAUGAUUAUAUUUUUUUUAAUAGCAUGAAUGGUGAGUGACCUUAGAUCAUUACUGUUAGUGUUAUUUAAUCAUACCCACAAAUUCUGAUGAAAAGUUUACCAGUUGCUCAUUAUCUAAAAUAUUAGUGCAGUUGCAAUGGGAAAUACUUACCAUCGCACUUACACUAAAAAUUCACUUAGAUGUAAUUUUGAUGUAAUUGUGACAAUUUUCUCUUUUCAAAAUGUCAUUGGAAAAAAUAUUGCGACAACUCAUGAGGGCUCAUGGGUGCAUAGUAAGCUCUAUAGCCUCACUUACAUAAUUUGUGGGGUUUUGUAUAGCAAGUACAAGUUGUCAUGCCAACAAAGUUUAAGUAGAUUGCACAACCCCUAAUAGAUUUGUAUUUGUACUGGUUUAACAAUAAAAAACGUAGGCUUAAUAGUUUUUUCUUUCUAAAUCUAAUUGUGAAUUUGGACAAAAUAAAUACUUUAGUUGGUGCAAUACAA